AUGAUGCAACUAUUCACAGCGCAACAACAAAAAUUACAGACGUUUAGCCUAAACCAAGAAACCAAACGUGUUGGUUCCAUAAGUGGUCGUCGAUAUAUUAAUCGUGAGAGGGUCAAAGGCGAUGAACAAAUUUAUAGAGAUUAUUUUGCAGAUAAUCCUGUCUAUCCAGAAGAAUACUUCCGAAGAAGUUUUCGAAUGAAGCGGUCAUUGUUUGUCAGUAUCUUACAUGAUAUUCAACAAGUGAAUGAGUACUUCAUCCAAACCCGUAAUGCCACUGGAGCUCCUGGAUUAUCCGGUGCACAGAAGAUAAUUGUAGCACUUCGGAUCCUUCAGUACGGCGUGUCUGCUGAUGCUAUAGACGAGUACAUUAGAAUCGGCGAAAGUACUGCAAUUGUCGCCUUAAAUUUUUUUACCAGAUCAAUUGUUGCUACCUAUAAAGCCAUUUACUUAAGAUCUCCAAAUGAAGCAGAUGUCGCUAGAUUAUUGCAAAAGGGAGAGCAAUGCGGGUUUACUGGAAUGUCGCCUUUAUUUGCUGAAUUAACUAGAGGACGUGCCCCUGCUGCCAACUACACCAUCAAUAAUCACGCGUACACCAUGGGGUAUUAUCUUGCUGAUGAUAUCUAUCCUCGUUAG